AUGCGGGCGCUGCACAUCUUGGCCAGCAUUGCCGGCCUCGCAAUUGACCUCACCUCUGCGCAGGCAUCGUUCAGAGCCGGCCAAAGCCGUGACAUUCGAUUCAACUGGGGUGUUCCCGAAGAGGCAGCCACGUCUGGAUCCGGAAAUGUCUAUCUCCAGCUCGACGCGCCCGACACCUACUCGUGGGUCGCCCUUGGCAUCGGCGAGAACAUGAUGACCGCCAAGAUCUUCCUCGUGUACCAGGACGGCGAGGGCAACGUCACACUCAGCACGAGACAGGGCCAGAACCAUAUUAUGCCGACAUACGUCGACCGACCGAAGGUCGAGCUGAUAUCUGGAUCGAGAGCGGCUGAUGGGAGGAUGGUGGCCAAGGUACGGUGCGGGGACUGUCAAGAUCUCGACCUGACAGGACAGAGUAGUUGGGUGGCAGCUUGGUCGGCCGGGGAUGCGGUGAAUGACAAAAGCACGGGAGCGAUGAUCAAGCAUCAUGACGAUAAGAGGAUCUUCACCGUGGACUUGAGCAAAGCGAGCAUCGGCUCCGACACUGACUCGUUUUCUGAGGCUGACCAGGCGAAUCUUGCGUCCGAUUCAGACUAUGGGAUCGUGGACACGGACGAAUUCAGUCCCAUUCGCCUUGCGCACGGCAUUAUCAUGACCACAGUAUUCGUCGGCAUUUAUCCCUUGGGUGCCCUCCUCAUGCCAGUAUUCAACAAAUGGUUCCUCCAUUCGGCGUCACAGCUGGUUGCGUAUAUCCUUAUGUGGGUUGGUGUCGCCUUGGGAGUAACAUACUCUAGGCAAACUUCACUCUUCGGGAAGCAAACCCAUACGCGACUGGGUCUGAUCGUGGUCAUCCUUCUUAGUUUCCAACCCGUCCUCGGCUACUUACAUCACCGAUAUUUUUCCAAGCAUCAAUCCAUCGGCUUGGUAGGCCACAUCCACAUCUGGUACGGCCGGGCGCUCAUGAUUCUUGGUGUGGUAAACGGUGGAUUGGGCCUACAACUUGCUGGCCAGGCUGGUGGCUCAUGGGUUAUAAGCUACUCGGUCAUCGCGAGCACGUGCUUCAUCGCGUACCUCAUUUCCAUCAUCAUGAGCUUGAACAAACAGAAGAGAAGAAGAGCCGAGAAUUCGAGGAAUUCGGGUCAGCGCUGGCCAAGCCCUGAUUCUCUGUUGCAGACUGCGGAGGAAACAUAUCAUCCCUCCUACUACCAAAGCCCAGGGAAUAUUCCCAUGAAGGAUUUGACUCGCAAUCGCGAUAAUCCUGCAGUAGGCGACGGCAAAUAG